CGCAGUUUUUGGGAUCGUUCCAUGGAGUGCGGACCGUUAUUCUAACGCUAGUGUUAUGCGAUGUGAUUUUAACUUCUUUGGACGAUUUAUUUUUACUGGACGUUACAGCCGCACAUUUAUCUGCACGGUAGAUCAGGGAAGGAGAGCUCCAGGACGCAGCAGAUAGGGGAUAAUACACGUUCGGGAUCUUAAAAGGCAAAAUGAGGCGGUUUGUUGUGAUAUACAUUUGGCUCGCGAGGGAUUUUCUCCUCGUCCUGAGUGUUGGUUUGAAGGACGCACCGAGACUUGGAUCCAAAAACACUCCAAGGCUUCUGAGCAGAGGUAUAGUCAAAGGUGGAUUUGACUACACAGACCCCCAGCAGCACAGUGUUCUAUUUUACCAUGAGGAAUCUGCGGACAUGUAUGUGGGAGGCACUGACUUUGUGUUAAAACUAGACAUGGAUGACCUUAACGUCAAAGAGAAAUUCCUUCUGAAAACAUCAGGCCAACAGCAGUGCAAAGAGGGCUCCUGUGAAAACGUCAUCACGGUUAUUGAGAUGUUUCAGGACAGCACGUUUGUCUGUGGAACGAAUGGACUCAAGCCACAGUGUUGGAAACUUUUUUCAUCAGUGAACAAUCAAUCUCACGAAAUAGUGGAGAGUUAUGAGGGAACGGGGAUCUCUCCAUCUGUGUACACACAAAACUCCCUGUCCCUCACAGUAGACGGGGAUCUCUACGCUGCAGCUUCUGUGGAUAACGAUAGAAGUUCAUUACAAUUCAGAAGGAAAGCUGGCGGAAGAGCUAAUGUCUGGAUGUAUGACAGCUGGGUCUCAGAGCCCACGUUCAUCUCUGCCUCCUGGGUGAAGCGAAUUGAAGACCCAGACCAAGAGAAGAUUUACAUCUUUUUCUGGGAAAAGAACUCAGACCAUAGCCCAGAGGCUGACCCCUGGAUAUCUAGGGUCGCCAGAGUUUGCAAGGUGGAUGAAGGUGGAUCAAAAAGAUUCUUCCAGAACAUGUGGACAUCUUUCCUGAAGGCCCGUCUCGUCUGUGGGUUUCCAGAGGAGUCUCUGUAUUUCAACCGUCUCCUUGACAUUUUUGUGAUUCACGCUGACGACUGGCGCAACACAAGAGUCUACGCGCUUUUCUCAAGCAGCUGGAACUCAACAGCAGUUUGCAUCUACUCCAUGGAAAAGAUUGAAGAAAUAUUUGAGAACUCAACUUUCAAAGGCUACGACAAAGAUAUUCCCAAACCACGGCCGGGAACAUGUGUGAAAAACAGCAAGAGUCUGCCGCUGCCCACAGUCAAAAUGGUGAAGGACUACCCGGAGAUGACUGACUGGGUUCACUCUGUGCAAUACACAGCUCCAUUUUAUAUCAGCAGAAACAACUAUACCAAGCUGGCAGUGGACCAAGUUCAAGCCGUGGACGGGCACAAGUAUAACGUCCUGCUUUUAGCCACGGACUCCGGAAAGGUCCACAAAAUCCUUGAGGCUGGAUCUGAAGCUUUUAUCAUCUCAGAAACACAACUCUCCAACAGUUCAACUGUACAAUCAAUGAAACUUGACUCCAAGAAGAAAAAGUUAGUCGUGGGGUUUUCAGAGAAAGUCUCCAUCAUGGACCUGCAGAGGUGUCAGCGGUACAACAACUCCUGUGCUGAAUGUGUUUUGGCCCGGGACCCUUACUGUGCCUGGACUCAGUUUGGAUGCAACGCGACUGUUCAUGGAGGCAUUCAGAAUAUCAUGAACGGGCAAAUAAAUGUGUGCUCUGAAUCCUUAGAAGAACCGAAGACAGCAAACCGGACCAAACGGGAUAUAGUUUCGUCAACGGAGAAUUCGAUAGCCGUUCAUUCAGUUCCCCUGGGUGUCCCCUUCUACCUGUCGUGCCCCAUAGACUCUUACCACGCUGUCUACACCUGGGAGCACAGAGACCAGAGAAGCCCGUGUCUGCAGAUGCAGUCUAACUGCCUGCACCUCAUUCCUGCCAUGGCACAAGAGAACUACGGCGACUAUGAGUGUGUUUCCAAAGAGAAAGACUACAGAAAAGUGGUGAUAAAAUAUCAGCUUACGGAGCAACUGAUCGCAGACACAAAGACAAAGAUGGGGAGCGACAGCUCUCAUGACAUAAAUGAUGCAUCAGCUGCUGUGUCACAGACAGUACUUAUCAUUCUAGCACUGGCUGUAGAAAUGUUGCACUAAUUACUUUUUAUUCUAUCAGCAAUAAUUCCCAGGCUUUGGGUCUCUGCAGGAGAGAGACCGGCCAGGAUGCAGGCGGCGCUAAAGGAAUUGUGCAGUAACGUCAACAAAGCUCAACGAGGAACACUCCCGCUGUGAACCUCAAACCUUCUUAAUGCAACGGCUCACAUAGUAGAUGUGCUUGGCAGAAAAGUUACUGUAGGUUGGUUAAGUGGAGUUUCUUUAAGAGAAACCAGAACAGGAACAGGAUGGCGUGAUUGAGGGAGAAAGCAAAACACAUAUUGGCAGCAAGAUGCCGCUUUGUUCUGAGGUGCCCUAAUGGUGUCUGAUGGAAUGUCUUUUAAGUGUGACACCCAAACCCAGCACAAAAGUAAAAUGCUGAGAUCACGAGUGAAUAAGCUCCCAGUCACACGGCCGCAGAUAAUAUGCAGUGAUUGGGUUUGGUGUUUUUCUAAGUACAGCACAUAUAGAGGCCUGCCUCUCCUUCUCUGCUUCAUUAGAGCUAAGGAAAAUGUCAUGUUGCUGUGUGAAUAUCCUCUGUGGCCCCUUUAGGGAAGUAAAUGGUAAAUAGUCUGUAUUUAUAUAAAGCUUUUCUAAUCUUGAUGACCACUCAAAGCGCUAUACAGAACAUAUUUCCCUUGACCAACUCACACUGUGCAUCUAUGGGCAGCCCUUUCUCUAUGGGAAGGGCGCAACCUCCAGGGGGAAUUUUAGUUUUAGUAUCUUGCCCAAGGACACUUCGGCAUGUGGAAAGCUGGGAACCAACUGCAUAAUUUCUGGUUAAAUAACAACGCUUUCUACCCGAUGAGCCACAGCGGCUCUAGCUCCUCCCUACUAUCCAGAAAGGAAGCUAAAAUAUAUCCCGGUAACGCUUUUAGAGCUGUAGAGAUGAAGGAAGGGAAAUGAAUCAUGAAGGUCCCGUCGAUACAUUUGCUUGAGCAUUCGUGAGUCAGUCACAGCUGUCAAUCACAAUGUUUUUAUAGCAUCGAAUAACUAAUUAAGAACAAACUUACUGGAAAAUGAUCACUUGAGUUAAUGACUGCAUAAAAUGACCGGCUCAAUUUGCGAUAAUGGUCCAUUUGCCAUCCACUAACAUGGAGGAGGAAACAUUUAUGACAGCAGCCAACCACCAGGUGGUGAUCAGUUCACUUUGGCUUUACUUCACGGGCGCCGUCAUCUCGUCCAUCAUCAUACAGUUUAUGGCUUUAACAGUCAGUGUCAGCGAGCUGCUUGAAAAAUGUACAACUCCUUCUGGAAGGCACAUCAACUUUGGCCAAAACAUGUUCUAUUAAAAUACAGAAACAGGGAUCAACAUUAAGAUUUAGAUUAAGAUUAAGAUGCAUUUAUUAGUCCCAAACACAUGGUGAGAGCGACGUUAAUAUUAUUUAAUAUUUAUCAAGGCAAUGCAAUGAGGUGAGCAGUGGUGUGACUUAUUUUGUUUCAAUUCAACUUAUCAUUGGUAAGAAGAAUUACGUUUGACCUUUUCUGCAAUGGUCUCACUUUAGUGUGUAGAAUUUAGUGACAUCUAGUGGUGGAGUUGCAUGUUGCAGCUGAAUACCCCUCACCUCACCCACCACUUCCAAACAUGGAGGAUAACCUGUGGCAGCCUUCAGUUGUCAUAAAACUCAAAAGGUUAUUAGUCUGUCCAGUUUGGAGGACUGUAAAAAACAUGGCGGCCUCCAUAGAGAGGACUCACUCCUGAUGUAAAUAUAAAGGAUUUAAAUAUAAAGGGCCCAUUAUAGAGAAAAUAAACAAUUUAAAAGUGAAACACACUAGAGAAAACAUCUCUAAGAUUAUUUUUAUAUUAAAUUCUGCCAAUAAUUCCCUUUCACCUAAAUAUUACACACUGGAUGUUUAAUGCGAGACUCUUUAAUAACUACUAAGCUUGAUAUUUAUUAUGUACAUAUUAGUUAAAUUUUAUCAUAUAUUUUAUUACUAAAUCUUGUUUCAUAUCAGAUAUAUUAUAAGCAAUGUCUCUUCCCUACAAUUGUUCAAUAAUGAUUGCUUGAAAAUGUAUGUAAACUUUACUGAUGUGCUGAUUAUUAAAUCUAAAAAGAAAUUAGACCUGAAAAAUCACAACAUUCUUAUCUUUUCUUCCUUACUCGUCAUAGCUCCACUUGUACAUAGUUUAGAGAGAGCAACUGAUUCUUUCUUUAGUAUGUCAUACCUUCACCAGACCUAACACCCUAAAGUAAACCAUGAGUGGUUUAAUCAGGGGAAUGAUAACACUGUAAUUACAGUAAUCUAUCUUCCUGGAUCUAAAGUCUCAACCCUGCUCAGGUCGAGGUAGGACAUCUUGUUCCUGCACUCCAGAUCCACCCGGGUGGAAAUCCUGCAGAUUCUUGUCAGAUUUUUCUAUCUGAUUAACUAAUUGUGACGCUUUAUGAGAACUUCUCAUGUUUAUAUUUGUUAAUCACUGAAUCCAGGCGGAGGAUCCACACAGCAACUCAUACUUUCAGAUAUUUAACAUUCUAGUUAAUUUACUAAGAAUGUCAUGAACAGGAUAAAAAUAAUGGAACACAAUCAUCUGGGCGUGUUCCUUCACUGUUUUAUGACCAAACCCUGACCUCACUUUAUUAUGUUGGUUAGUGUAAAUAUCGCAUCCACCCAUAUUUUCCUUCUGUAAUGCAUGACUUCACAUGUUAGACAGACAGCUAAAUAUGUUUACCUACCACAGGCUACGCCCAACACCACCGAUCUUGCAAGUUGUUUUUGUCCCGGCUGAGAAAGAGGUGGCUCUGCAUGCUGUGUAGCUGUUCCUUUUUUAGUUAUCUGUUUGUGUUGUCAGCCUCAGGUCACUUUAACGAAGGUCAUGACAUCUCAGGCUUAAGCACGAGCUUACGCGACACCUGACCCGAUACCUGUGGUUAAGUGUCUACGCGGCCUGUACUUCAGACAGGGAUUUCCAACAUGUUGUUGUUGUUUUUUAGACGCCAUAAAUGUGUCUGCGGUAGGUGUUGUCUCAUGAGUCACCCUGACUAAUCACCUCCAGACCCUCUCUGCUCUGGAUGCUGGGUAACAUGGUAUCAUGGCAACCUUUGGCUUCAUACGGUAGCUAAGCAUCACUGAUUGGAUUUUCAGGAGGUCUAUUUUCAAAUACUUGCGUAUCUCUUUACUCUCAACAGGCCUGGGUGUGGCUGGUACUGAGCUGUUAGUCUAAUCUGUGAGAUAUUCAAACCUUGAGCUUCUGGUCUCUGAUAUCAGUGCAAAGAAAACUUUGACCCCCAACGAGGAGCAUAGUUUACAGAUCCAGGUUUUCCUGUUGUGCUUCUAUGAGGGGGAAAAUCUAGAGGAAGGUUUUCGAGAUUAAUAUAAUCACCUAACGAAAACAAAUUUUCUUCCAGGUCAUGAUUUUAACAGCUGGAACACACCCAGUCUAUUACAAACACUGCAACUGUAAAAAGCACAGCUCAACACAGGAAACUCCCAUUAUCUCAAAUAUGUGUGUAAACAAGUGACUGCCAAAUGUGUUGGUUGUACACAGUAAGUACAUUUACCUCAUUGCACUUUAGUACGUGUUUCAUGUAUCUGUACUUUACUGUACUCUAGUAGAUUUAUUUGGAGGUACUUUUAAUUCUUACUUCACUACAUAUAUCAGCAAACAUCUGUA